AUGGAUGAAAAGGCCCAGCUUCCGCCUUAUAGCUCUGUUUCGCUGCCAGCGCCUGUUGCAUCCAUCCAGCAGCGCAGCAGGCGAUCCAUACGUCGCUCGCGUGCAAUUAGGCUCUUCGCUUUAGCAUGUCUCGCCUUCGUCGCCUUUGCACAGUGGAAACAGCUCACACCGCGAAACAAAACUACGUUGUCUAUUCAGAAGCUCAACGAGGACUUCAAGACGUGCAAGAAGCUUCGCGUGAAGCCGCAGGACCCGCCUGGUCUGGGCCGCGAUAAGAAUGCUCGCUAUAUCGAUGGUGGCAAGCCAACUUUGAUCAAAAAUGCUACUAUUUGGGUGGGAGAGCCCGUCAAGGGAACUAGCCAAGAGGAUGCAUACGCUGGUAAAGGUUGGGAAUGGGUACAGGGCGACGUCUUUCUUGAAAAGGGUCUUAUUCAGCGCGUUGAGAAGAAUAUCAAGGCUGCCUCUCUACCCGACGACACUGUUGUGUACGAGGCUCAUGGCCGACGAUUGACCAGCGGAAUCGUCGAUACACACAGCCAUGCUGGCGUGUACCCACUGCCAUCUCUGGAGGGCAACUCUGAUGGCAACGAGAUGUCGGAUAACAUCACGCCUUGGGCCCGAGCCAUCGACUCUCUUCUUCCCCUUGACCCUCAAAUUGAAGUCAUCAAAUCAGGCGGUGUUACAACCUCACUUAUUCUCCCUGGCUCCGGCAACAACAUCGGCGGCGAGGCUUAUAUCAUCAAGCACGCCGUUGGCAAAGCCGAUGGACGUAAAGAAAUUAGCGCCGAAGACUUGCUUGCCGACCCAGACCGAAACUGGCGAUACAUGAAGAUGGCAUGUGGGGAGAACGCGAAGCGUGUUCAUGGCGGAGUUGGAAAGAGACCUUUUAGCCGUAUGGGCGAAAGCUACGAGUUCCGCCACGCCUUUGAGCAAGCUAGAGACUUGAUUCAGAAGCAAGAUGACUGGUGCGCCAAGGCCGAAUCCCAGGGUGUUGAGUCCCUGGAUGAGUAUCUCCCUGGUGAGAUCGCCUGGGAGGCUCUUACUGCUGCGCUUCGUGGCCAGGUUCAUAUCAACACCCAUUGUUAUACCAUUCCUGACCUGGAAGCCAUGGUUGACCACACCAACGAGUUCAAGUUCCCUGUCCGAGCCUUUCACCAUGCUCACCAGACAUACCUGGUUCCAGAGAUCCUCAAGAGAACCUGGGGUGGGCGUGCUCCUGCGUCAGCCCUUUUCGCCGACAACAUGUUCUACAAGACGGAAGCAUACGUUGGCUCUGAGUACGCUGGCAAGAUUCUUAACGAAAACAACCUCACAGUGGUGUACGUCAGCGACAACCCCGUCAUCAAUGCACAGCAUGUUCUCUUCGAAGCCGCCAAGGCAUACCACUAUGGUCUCCCUUACCACGUUGCCCUAGCUAGUGUGACAUCUGCUCCCGCUGAGCUUCUUGGAAUGGGCAAUCGGUUAGGGAAGGUCAAGCCUGGCUACGAUGCUGAUGUCGUUGUCUGGGAUAGCGAUCCUCUCAGCGUCGGUGCAGCCCCAGUGCAAGUCUGGAUCGAUGGCACAGCUCAGUACAAGAGUCCUAUCGAGUUACCGAAGACACAAGAUGCAAAACUCUCCGUCGAGAAGCCUGCUGAGAUUGUCGAAGAGCCUAGCAAACUUGACAGUGUGCUCUUCACUGGUGUCACCAAGGUACUCCUUGAAGAUGGCAAGACCUACGAGUUUCAAAACAAGCCAGUCAAUGUGGUUGUCUCCAAAGGCAAGAUCUCUUGCAUCGGUAGCUGUAGCCACGAGUUCGAUGCCGCGGCUGCGACUGGUGCCAAGACAAUUGCACUCAAGAAUGGUUAUCUGACCCGAGCAUUCACGGCCGUGGGCGGCACUUUGGGCCUCAGCGAAAUCGGCGCGGAGUCGGUAACCAACAACGGACCCAACCCACUGUUCUUUUCCAGAGCCGCCGACGGACUUGCACUUGACUCGAAGAAGCUACACGUCGCAGCCCGUUAUGGUGUCACCAGAGCCAUCUCAGCGCCGAGCUUUGUAGGCGGUGCAACUCAUUUUGGCACCAGCGUUGGCUUCCUAACUUCAGCCUUGACAACCCUUGAAGAAGGCGCUGUUUUCGCUCCUGAUCUGGCAGUUCACUACACCCUGGAUGUCAAUGUUCGAGGCACAACUAGCUACUCGGCCGCUUUUGGUGGGCUGAGGAACAAGUUGCUUGCGGCUUCUACAUCCUCACCUGCUAUCAACCCGUUCUCGGAAGAAGCAUACCUCAAACAGGUGAUCAGCGGCGAGCGAGUUCUGGCUCUCACGAUAAACAGCGCAGACGGAAUUGCGACAGCUCUUCGAAUCAAGUAUGAGAUCGAAGGUGUACUCUCGACAGAUGACUCCGUAAAAAGAGCCGAACGUCUGAAGGUGGCCAUUAUCGGCGGCGCAGAGGCUCAUAUGGUUGCCAAAGAACUCGGAGAGGCUGAGGUCGGCGUGAUUCUCUCACCGUUGCAGUCAAUCGGCGACAGCUGGGACUCGCGGCGUGUGUUGACGGGUGCACCGCUCACCAACGGCACAGUCGUCGAUGCCCUUGUCGACGCAGGGGUCAAGGUGGCUAUUGGGCUGCAGGAGGAUUGGCAGCUUCGUGAUCUCGGGUUCUCAGCAGGAACCGCAUUCAAGAAUGGAGGUGGAAGGCUGAGCGAGAAGGAGGCCAUUGAUCUUGUUAGUACCAACAUUUACAAGAUCCUUGGAGCUGACGAGGCAUCAUCUGAAGAUUAUAGACAUUUUAUGGUGACGGAAGGCAGCCCGCUGGAGAUUGGGUCGCGACUUAAGGCGGUUGGACAUGGUAAGGAUCAAGUAUCUGUGUUUGUUUAG